AUGGCGCAUGGCCUGAUACAGUCACGUGACCUUAUCGUAUCCGAUAAGGCGAACUUUUUUGCUGAACGCAUUCUGCAUUGCUUUCGACGAGCAGCCAGUCGCCUCCUGUCUUUGCCGGUCACCGCGCCGGCAUGGUCAGCCAGGGCCCUUGCACCUCGCGUCCCUCUACCCGUAUUAUCCCCUUUGCAAUCUCAACUAGUUUUACAUACGAGAUGGUUCAGCGACAACACCGCCAGCCAGGAGCCGACGAGCUCACCUGAGCACGAGAAUCAUGACUUCUCCGAGAUCGGGUUGGCGGAGCCCGAUGCUCGCGAUGCGCGGCCUCAGAAACCCAAAAAGCGGCUCAGGAUCCUGGAAGGGAAUCCCAGCCCUAAGCCGACUGUCUACAUUGGUAAUCUGUUCUACGAUGUGACGGCGGAAGAUUUGAAGAACCACAUGCAGCAGUUUGGCGUUGUGGAGAAAGUCGAUCUCAUUACUGAUAACCGAGGAAUGAGCAGAGGGUUUGCAUACGUGCACUUUGACUCUAUUGAUUCCGCCAAAAGUUGCGUCGAGGCUAUGCAUUUGCAAGCCUAUGAGGGCCGCCGUAUAAUCGCGCAAUAUGCGAGCAGCGGCGGCGGAUCCAGGCCCGUGCAGCCCGUUUCGAGGACGCUGUACCUCGGCAACCUGUCGUUUGAAAUGACCGAUCGGGAUCUGAACGAGCUCUUCAGAGAUAUCAACAAUGUUAUUGAUGUUCGCGUAUCGGUUGAUCGACGGACAGGGCAACCUCGCGGCUUCGCUCAUGCAGAAUUCCUCGAUGUCGAGAGCGCUCAGAAGGCUUUCGAGAUUCUCAGCGGGAAGGCACCUUUCGGUCGACGGAUUCGCGUGGACUACAGUAGUACUAACAGGAGGGGUAGUCGUAUCGAGGAUGUUCCGGAUGAGGAGUAA